CCCACUCCCACACGUACAAAAAGAUCCAAAAACAGCCUAACAAACACAACAAACUUCUUCCCCAAAAAUUCCCCCUUCUUUUGGGGUCCUUCUGCUUCUCCCUCCCUACAAACUAUAUAAACUUCACUCCACAUUUUCUGUCUCUUCCUCUUCAAUGGCAAUAACAAUGGAGAAAAGUGUUUGGGACACUGUAAUUGACCUCACAAAAACUGCCCAAGAAAAGGGUAGUGACCCUUUUUUUUGGGCAAUUCAAAUUUCAUCCAAUUUGAGCUCUGCAAAUGUUUCUUUGCCUUCUAUUGAACUUGCUCAUACACUAGUGUCCCACAUUUGUUGGGAAAAUAACAUACCUUCUACAUGGAAGUUUCUUGAAAGAGCCCUUAUGUUGAAUAUGGUUCCUCCCUUGCUUGUUCUUGCUCUUCUUUCUACUAGGGUCAUUCCAUGCCGGCAUUCUCAGCCUGCUGGAUAUAGGCUCUACAUGGAACUUUUGAAGAGAUAUGUUUUUAAGUUGAAGUCUCAGAUCAGUGCGCCUAAUUUUGGAAAAGUCAUGACGUCAAUUGAGCAUGUCCUUUGUCUUUCUCAGAUAUUUGGCUCACAAGCAAGUGAACCAGGGGUUCUUUUAGUUGAACUUGUGUUUACAAUUGUGUGCCAGCUGCUUGAUGCAUUGCUAGAGGACGAAGGGUUGCUGGAACUUACCACAGAAAAGAAAUCUGUUUUGGCGAUUCAUACUCAAGAGAUGGACAUUGAUUCCUAUCAUAACUAUGAUGAGAAAAAGUUGGAACUGCGUGACAAAUUGAGAAGCAUGAAUACUGAGAUAGCUGUUGAGAUUAUUGGACAAUUUUUUCAAAAUGGAGUUACUUCUAGAAUGAUUUGCUUGGUAUACCAUAACAUGCCGAAACAAUGGGCAGCCUUUACUGAGAGACUAGAUCUUCUUGCAACAAACUCAUCAACGUUAAGGAACCCAAAGAUUCUAAAUCCCAAAGAUCUUUUAAAACUGACUUCUGAUGCUGGCAAAGUAUCACUCUGGGACUACAAAAAGUUUUCAGCCAAAUUGGCUUUUGGAUCAUUGGCUAAUCCUGCUCAUUGUCAAGAGACUAGUCAUUCAAGUUUGUGGCUUCCUUUAGAUGUGGUUCUGGAGGAUGUCAUGGAUGGAUCUCAAGUUACAGCAACAAGUGCAGUUGAGAUCAUUACUGGUUUGGUGAAGUCCCUUCAAGCAAUUAACAAUAACAACUGGCAUGAUACCUUUUUAACCUUGUGGAUUGCUGCUCUCCGUUUUGUUCAAAGAGAAAGGGAUCCAAUGGAGGGGCCAGUUCCUCGCCUUGAUACUCGAAUGUGCGUUUUGUUGUCUAUCAUUACCCUAGCGGUUGCUGAUCUCAUUGAUGAAGAGGAAAAUCCACUUGGUGAAUCAGAAAGUGUCUCUACUAAUAAUUGGAUAAAAAGAUAUGAUCCCCACACACGUCGCAAAGAUUUGAUCUCCUGCCUGCAGAUACUAGGCGAUUAUCAAUCCUUGCUGACCCCACCUCAAUCUAUUGUUUCUGCUGCCAAUGUUGCUGCCGCAAAAGCAAUGAUGUUUGUUUCCGGCGUCGAUGUCACGAGUGGAUAUUUAGAGUGCAUUAAUGUGAACGAUCGACCAACUAACUGUUCUGGAAACAUGCGUCACUUAAUAGUUGAAGCUUGCAUUUCUAGGAAUCUACUUGAUACAUCAGCAUAUUUUUGGCCAGGUUAUGUGAGCGAUCAGAUCAAUCAGUUCCCUAGUCGUAUUCCAUCUCAAGUGCCUGGUUGGUCAUCAUUUAUGCAGGGAGCUCCACUUAGACCUGUGAUGAUCAAUUCUAUGGUUUCAGCUCCUGCUUCAAGUUUAGCAGAGCUGGAAAAAGUAUUUGAACUUGCAGUGAGCGGGUCAGAGGAUGAGAAGAUAUAUGCAGCCACAAUACUUUGUGGAGCAUCCUUAAUUCGGGGCUGGAAUGUGCAGGAGCAUAGUGUAUAUUUUAUAACUAGGUUACUAUCCCCCCCAAUUCCUGCUGAUUAUGUGGGUGAUGAUAGCUACCUUAUAGCACAUGCACCAAUGCUUUUUGUAAUUCUGGUUGGAAUCGCACCAGUUGACUCUGUCCAGAUCUUCUCAUUGCAUGGCUUGGUUCCUCAACUUGCUGCGUCAUUAAUGACAAUCUGUGAAGUUUUUGGAUCUUGUGUGCCUAAUGUUUCAUGGACAGUCAAUGGGGAAGAGAUUUCUGCUCAUGCUGUUUUCUCAAAUGCAUUUGCUCUCCUUUUGAAGCUUUGGCGGUUCAAUCAUCCGCCUCUUGAAUAUGGUGUUGGAGAUGUGCCUCCAGUAGGGUCUCAACUUACCCCAGAGUAUCUCCUGUUAGUACGAAAUUCUCUCGUUUCAUCUUCAGGAAAUGUCCUCAAAGAUCGUAACAGAAUCAGACUUUCAGCUGUUGUUACUGCAUCAUGCCCAAAACCAAUAUUUGUUGAUUCAUUUCCAAAAUUGAAAGUUUGGUAUCGUCAGCACCAAGCAUGCAUUGCUGCACCUCUCUCUGGUCUAAUUCCUGAAAGUUCGGUGCAUCAGCUUGUUGAGGUUCUUCUAACUAUGAUAUUCAGAAAGAUCAAUAAAGGAGUACAGUCUUCUGCAACUUCUGGAAGUAGUAGUUCUUCUGGGCCUGCUAGUGAAGAUAGCCCUUUAAGACCCCAGUUGUCUGCUUGGGAUAUUCUGGAAGCUGUUCCCUAUGUUGUUGAUGCAGCCUUAAGUGCUUGUGCUCAUGGACAGGUCACUCCUCGUGAACUAGCCACAGGGCUUAAAGAUCUUGCCGAUUUUCUUCCUGCAUCUUUAGCGACGAUAGUUAGUUACUUCUCAGCUGAAGUGACUCGGGGAAUUUGGAAACCAGCUCUUAUGAAUGGAACAGAUUGGCCAAGCCCUGCUGCAAACCUAUCCAAUGUUGAACAACAUAUCAAGAAAAUCCUUGCUGCAACUGGGAUUAAUGUUCCCAGCCUUGCUGCAGUGAACUCUCCAGCUACCCUUCCUCUACCAUUGGCUGCAUUUUUGAGCCUCACUAUUACUUAUAAACUUGACAAAGUAUCUCAGCGUUUCCUCAAUCUUGCUGGACCAGCUCUUGAAUCCCUUGCAGCCGACUGUCCAUGGCCUUGCAUGCCUAUUGUGGCUUCUUUAUGGACGCAAAAGGCAAAGCGUUGGAGUGAUUUUCUUGUCUUCUCAGCAUCACGUACUGUCUUCCUCCAUGACAACAAUGCAGUGGUUCAGCUCCUCAGGAGUUGCUUCACAGCCACACUUGGCCUGAACACCAACCUCACUACAAGUAGGGGUGGGGUUGCUGGCCUUCUUGGCCAUGGGUUUGAUUCUCAUAUUAAUGGGGGAAUAUCUCCUGUUGCUCCAGGGAUCCUCUACUUACGUGUAUAUCGUUCUGUUAGAGAGAUCAUGUUUUUGGCAGAGGAGAUAAUCUUUCUCUUAAUGCAGUCUGUUCGAGAGAUAGUUAGUGGUGGGGUAUCCAAGCAAACAAGAGGCAAACUUAGGAAGACAAAAAUAGGACCAGUAUAUGGGCAGAUAUCAUUUGAUACAGCAAUGACUAAAGUGAAACUUGCAGCUUCUCUAGCUGCCACUCUUCUGUGGUUAUCCGGUGGGCAGUGUUUAAUUCAGUGUCUGCUAAAUGAAACUCUACCUUCUUGGUUCAUAUCUGUUGAGAGAUCUGCUCUAGAAAAAGAAUCAGAAGAAAUAGUUUCAGCAUUCAGAGGUUAUGCAUUAGCAUAUUUUGCAGUCUCAUGUGGAGCCUUUGCUUGGGGUGUUGACUCGUCGUCACCAGCAUCUAAACGACGCCCUAAAAUUCUUGGGCAAUACUUUGAAUUUAUAGCAAGUGCUUUGGAUGGUAAGAUUUCUCUAGGUUGUGAUUCAGUAGUUUGGCAAGCUUAUGUUUCAAGGUUCAUAAGCCUAUUGGUGGGAUGCACACCAAAUUGGGUGGUGGAGAUGGAUGUAGAUGUAUUGAUGAGAUUGAGCAAAGGAUUGGUGCAGUGGAGUGAGGGGGACCUCGCUUUAGUGUUGCUUACGACUGGUGGGAUGAAUACCAUAGGUGCAGCUGCCGAGCUCAUAAUAGAAAGUGAGAGAUGACAUGCGUCUCUCCUUUCUCUGCACCUGAUGUUUCUUAAACGGUGCUGCGUAUUUCCGGAAUUGUAUAUGACUUUCAUGUAGGAUGUUUUUUCAGCUAUGAAGACAUUGUAAGAUAGGACAUAUUUAGUCACAUUGAGUUUUGCUUGAAAGUAGCUAAUCUUCAUACUGCAGGUACCCGUUUUGUUCUUCUGUAGGUUUUUUUUUUUCUGGGGAGAGGGGGUGGGAUUGUUGAGUAUAAGCUGUAUAGGUGAUACUUGACCUCAUAGGUCAUCUAUUUUUGUAUAUAUCCAUUGUAAAAUUAUGAGCUAAUAUAAUCCUCAAUGUACGAAAGGGUGAUGCAUCUUCGAUUGGAGUUGAACCUCCUGUUUGGCAAGUCUUCCAUUCCGUUCU